CAGUCAUUAGACUCGAUACUAAGCGGUCGUGAUUUUUGUGCUGAGUAAAAUGAAACAUUUUAAUUAAUUAUUAUACUUUUCUAUCAAUAAUUCUGCGGAGUUGUAAUAUUGAGUAAAGUGUGUCGCGUUGUUUUAAGUGAGUCAUCAUUGUUUGGUACAAGAUGAACUAAAACUAUUAGACUAUUCUGUGUUAAUAUGUCAAACCCGGGUUUAAGCCCUUUCGGGCGUAGCCAAUUGCUAAGACGUAGUCCACCCCCAACGCCCUCACCUGCAGAACAACAUCAACUAAGAGACCCAGAGCCGCCAGCGUCCUCAGAGCAUGAAGUUGAAUUGAUUUCUACGCCAGAAAUACAGAAAUGGAUGGGUGCCAUAGAAACAAUAUUAUCGGAAGUUUGCACUAUCGUGUCGGAGGGAAAAAUGAAUAAUGACCAGAAGUUACGCGUCACUAACCUUUGCCGUAAGGUCUCGCAUGGGACAUCGCAACUGGCGGUACAGUACCAGUCCCUAAAGCAAAAAACCCUUCAAGCACAUGUAACCAUCCAGCAUCUUCAGGGUCGGCAGGACAUUGCAGAUUCAAUUAAAGAAAUAAAAAAGGCAGUUGAAACGGAUCGGAAUACUGGUAGUAUUUCCUAUGCCAAUGUGGUGAAAAAAGGAGAAAAUCUAGUACGCCCAGCUAAUUUCCAAUCUAUAGCCAUAUACCCUGCAGAUAAGACGCAGUCCAGUGACGACACAAAGACUCUAGUACAAAAAAUAAUCUCGCCUGAAGAAUUAAAAUUGCGAGUCCGUGGCAUGAAAAAAAUUAGGAAUGGAGGCGUAAUCAUAAGUGCGGAUAGCAAGGGAGAUAUUGAGAAACUAAAAGCUUCCGAAAAACUCGUUUCCUCAGGCCUCAAAGUCGAAGAGCCUUCCAAACGCCGUCCUAGAAUAGCAGUCAUUGGUGUCCCAGUUGCUCUUACGGAAAAAGAAGUAUUGGACUGUAUAUUCGAACAAAACCUAUCCGAAAAGCUGGCCAAUACCUCGCGUGAGUCCUUUUUGGAAGAGAUAAAAGUCAGCCACAAAUCAGGGAAGAAAGAUCGGCCUACCUGUAAUUAUAUCCUAGAGGUACCUGCAAGCAUUAGAAAAAUGCUGAUAAUUCAAGGCCGCAUUUUUAUAAAUUGGACGUCAUGCCCCGUAAGGGAUUUUACAAUUGUAACUAGAUGCUACAACUGCCAACAGUUUGGACAUGCAGCCAAGUAUUGCCGCGAAACCAGACCCACAUGCAACCUCUGCGGUGAGAUGGGUCAUGCUUUUAAAGAGUGUCCCAACAAAUCGUCUCCACCCAAUUGUGCUACCUGCAAACGCUUUCAGCGCAAGUGUGAUCAUCCCACUGGUCAUAUGAACUGCCCGGCACGCAAGUAUGCUGAAGACAAUUACAUUAAUUCAAUUGAUUAUGAAGGCGCCUAAGAGCGCCAAUUAUAUAUUUAUUAAGUAGCACAUAUACAGUAGGGUUUCUAUAGUUUCUAACUUUAUGUCAGAGCAAUUAAUCAGUGACAUUGACAAUUUUUCCGUAUCUGAAGUCAUAGUUUGUAACGUUGAGGAGUGCAAGAACUUUAUUACGGCCGAUAACAAAACGAUUACCUUACUAACCCAAAAUAUUCGCAGUAUAAAUCGCAAUUUUACCGGUUUUCAAUUGCUAUUACAGAAUCUCGACUUAUGCUGUGAUAUUAUUGUGCUAACAGAAUGCUGGUUAUCUAAACAAGCAGACAAUUUGCCAUCGCUUGACGGUUAUACGCUAUAUAAAACUAACUUAAAUACUAACCAAAACGAUGGCCUAGUUGCUUACAUUAAACAUACAUUAGAAGUAACAGUAGAAGAACCUUUAUUUCCAGGCUGUAAUUGCCUAUUAAUUAAAAUUAACCCCGACAUUGUAGUUAUGGCUAUUUAUAGGCCUCCAUCUCAAAACAUGGACCUAUUUCUAGACUCGCUUAGUACUACAUUAAGUAAAAUAUCUUGUCAUAAAAAUAUUAUACUCUUAGGUGACAUUAAUAUUAAUAUAGCCUCUGGGAAAACCGAAACCCAAGCACAUAACUACCUAAACAUCUGCACAUUUCAUGGACUUUUGCCAGCACAUAAUCAUCCCACUCACCAGAGUGGUUCAUGCUUAGAUCAUAUCAUUAUUAAGACAAAAUCACCAUCUAAAACAUUUAUUACUAAUUCUUCGCUCACGGAUCAUCAGGCUAUAUUAUUAACUCUACAAAUAUCUCCAUCUAGAAAAAACUGUUUGCGUAGCUUUGAAAAACUAAAUAUGAAGAGUCUUGAAAACGACAUGCGUGACAUCAAUUUUGACGCUGUUUUUAAUUCCAAUGAUCCUAAUGCCUCGUUGCAAUAUUUUAUUGAGGCGUUACAAACACGCAUCAGCAAAAACACACUAAGCAAAUUAUUACCUAGAAAGUAUAGUAACAUCAAACCAUGGAUAACGCCAGGUCUUGUCCGCUGUAUACGCCAUAGAGACAAACUUCAUCAAAAGUUGAAGCAAACUCCAGACAAUCUAAUACUUUCAGUUACCUAUAAACGGUACAGAAACUUUUGCAAUACUCUAUUGAAAAAACAAAAAAUACAAUACGACCGAGCACAGCUUCAGAAAGCGGGAAAGAAUAAUAAGCUAAUAUGGAAAUUUAUAAAAAGCAAUACCUUCAGACAAACAAAACCAGACACUCAGCUUGAUCUUUUGUCAACCUGUUUGAACCCAUCUGAAGCAACGAAUAAAGUAAACAACUACUUUGUUAACGUUGGCAAAAAUUUAGCUGAGAAAUCCUUUUCCAGAAAUGCAAUCACUCAAAGUAUGCCUGUGGCACAUAACUCUCUGGGCUCUUUCGUAUUAUUAGAAACAGACGUUCAGGAAGUUUUAUGUAUAAUAGAUGGACUAAAAGACGUUUGUGCUGUUGGUUGGGAUAACAUCCCUAAUAAUGUACUAAAAAAUUCAAACACCUUAUUGCACCGCCUCUAACACACAUCUUUAACUUAUGCCUAAGUAAAGGAAUAUUUCCGAAUCUGCUUAAAAAAGCUGUCGUAAGCCCUGUUUUUAAAGCUGGGGACAAAACCGAUGUCACUAAUUAUCGACCCAUUGCAGUAUUAACAGGCCUUUCAAAGAUUUUGGAAAAAAUUAUAAACACUAGAUUAAUUAAGUAUCUUGAAAAGAACAACUUACUAUCAGAUAAACAAUUCGGAUUUAGGCCUAAAAGAUCAACAAACCAAGCAGUUCAUAAAUUAACAAAUCUCAUCUGUUCUAAUCUAGAUAAUGGCAUGGUCACUAUUGGGAUCUUCUUAGACCUUGCGAAGGCAUUUGACACCAUUUCUUGUUCCCUAUUAUUGCACAAACUGGAAAAAAUGGGUAUAAGAGGAGCACAAUUAAAAUUAUUUGCUGACUAUCUCAGUGAUCGUCACCAGUGUGUGAAAAUUGGUCAAAACAAAAGUUCUGACCUAAAAAACAGUGGGUUCGGGAUUCCUCAAGGUAGUAUUUUGGGCCCUACCCUUUUCUUAAUUUAUAUAAAUGAAUUAAGCAGCUUGUCACUUGAAAAUGGUGUCAUUAUGUCAUAUGCUGAUGACACAGCUCUUGUGUUCUCAGGCAAAUCAAAAGAUGAGGUCUAUGAACUUGCCCAAAAGGGUUUCAGUAUAGUGUCUAAUUGGCUUCACAAUAACCUGCUGACAUUGAAUCCAAAUAAAACCAAGUACAUGUUAUUUACUAUAAGAAAUACUAACAAUUCUACCACUAACCUAAACAUUUAUGCACACAAUUGUCAUAUGAGUACCUCCGCUGACACAGCAUGCGCUUGCCCUACUUUACAAACAACUGACCAUAUAAAAUAUCUAGGUGUCACGAUUGACGCCCAGCUUAACUUCCGUAAACAUAUUGACUUAUUAUGCACUCGAGUUCGUAAAUUAAUAUAUGUUUUUAAAAAUUUGCGUAACAUAGCAGACUUCACUUUAAUUCGGCAGGUGUAUAUGGCCCUAUGUCAGUCUAUUCUUACCUAUUGUAUUAGCUCCUGGGGUGGGGCUCCUAAAACUAUUCUCUUGCCCCUGGAACGUGCCCAAAGAGCAAUCCUGAAGGUCGCUAGCUUUCGUCCAUUCAGAUUCCCCACCCACCAGCUUUACAGGGAAUGCAAAGUACUCACAGUACGCCAGCUAUUUAUUUUGAAUAUAGUACUACUCCAGCAUGCUGAACUUGGUUUUAGCCCUGUACCUUCUGGCAAUAGGAGAAAGGAUUUAGUUUGCACUAACACUCGGACGAAACAUGUAUUUACUAACAGAUUCUAUUUAUUUCUAGGACCAUAUUUAUAUAACAAAAUUAACAGAUUGCUAAAGAUUUAUAGUGUAAGUUUAAAUAAGUGUAAUUUAGUACUAACAGAAUAUUUACAGUCCCUCAAUUACGCAGAUACGGAAAAAUUGCUAGAAGUGUUAAACUAAAUUGCUUAUUUUAGUAAAUUAUAUAAUAACUAGUAUAGUGUAUUUUAAUAAAUAAGGACACUUUGCCCUUGCUUAGUCUUCAAUAAUUAUGUAAUGUGAUAAUGAUAUUAAAAUGAUAUCCGAUAAAUAUUCUAAGCCUUGAUAGCCUGAAACACAGGUUUAAAAGAACCUAGUUCGGGUAGUCCCUAUAUUUUAAAAUUAGAACUGUUUUUUUAUUUUAUUAUUGCCUAUAUGUAUUAGCCUAGAUUAACUUAGUUUUUCCGAUUGUUAUUCUUAAGACCAUUUUUUGUUUUUACCUCAACAUCUGUGUCAUUUUAAUUAUACAUGUGAUCUAUGUUUUUAAUAAAUUUUAUUUUAUUUUA